AUGACUUCAGCAAAUGAGGAGUUUUCAGAAAAUGGCAACUUUUCGCCAAAAGCCAGCAGCAGCAAGCUGCCAACAGAUGCAUCUCCUGACUCUAAAUGCCCCAUCUGCUUGGAUAGAUUUGACAAUGUUGCAUAUCUAGAUCGCUGCUUGCAUAGGUUCUGUUUCCGCUGUGUCCAGGAGUGGUCAAAAAACAAAGCAGAAUGCCCCCUCUGCAAGCAACCCUUUUUUUCCAUUUUCCAUACAAUUCGUGCUGAAGAUGACUUUAAGGAGUACGUUCUCAGCCCUUUAGAAAAUAGCUCUUUUGCCAGCCCUGAUGGCCAGAGAUUUCGUUACCGUACCACCUUAACAGGGGAACGCCGUGCUGGCGGUUCCCUGUCCCGAAGGACGCUGUCCUCUCCAGAAUAUGGGAUAUUAUUUGAAAGUUUGUCGGGUGAACCAGUGCGUCAGAGAGUCAUAGAAAUUCAGCAGAUGAUAAGGAGGCUGGCCUCAAGGAGGCAGGCCAGCGCAGAGGGCAGAUCUCUGCGGCAAAUUGAGGAGGAGGAUAUGAUCAACUUCCGCAGAGCUCUGUACCGUACUGGUGUGCGAAUUCGUAGUAUUCAGGAUGGAGGCCGCUAUCGAGACAUUUCAGCAGAGUUUUUCCGCCGCAACCCUGCUUGCCUUCACAGGUUGGUUCCUUGGCUGAAGCGAGAACUUACAGUCCUGUUUGGUGCCCAUGGCUCUUUGGUUAAUAUUGUACAGCAUGUUAUCAUGAGUAAUGUGACGAGGCAUGAUCUGGAAAGUCAGGCCUUUGCUGAUGAUUUAAAGCCAUUUUUGCUGAAUCGAACUGAACAUUUCUUACAUGAAUUCAUCAGUUUUGCCCGUUGUCCUUUUAACUUAGACGCGUAUGAUCAACACGCCAAUUAUGACUGUCCUGCGCCAUCGUAUGAUGAAGGAAGCCACACAGACUCGUCAAUUAUUACAAUAUCUCCAGAUACGGCAUAUUCUCGAGGGCCAGAUAACAAUUUGUCUGUGACUGGUCUUGAUCAGACCCCCUGGGAUGAUGAAACUCCAGGGCCUUCCUAUUCCAUUUCAGAAGAGGUUCAUGCAACCAUAGCUUCUCCUCUGGAAACAUCAGAGAGUUCUGAUGAGGGCUUUGCUACAAGGAGUCGACGAACCAAACUGCAGACUCAGUUGCAGGCUAAUGCUGACUCAAACGACAGUGACUCUUCCUCGGACAAUUGUGUUAUUGUUGGGUAUGUUAAGCCAUUAGCUGAGAGGACACCAGAAGUGGUUGAGCUGUCCUCAGACUCUGAGGAGUCCAUCAGGGAGGAGAAAAGAGAAGAUGUGAAGAAACAGAAGCCAAUCCAGUUUCACAGCUGGAGUGAUAGUGAACCAAGCAGGAGUUUCUCCCCACGUUCCCCCAGCUAUAAGGAGGAUGUGGGUAGUUGUAGAAGCUGCUUAUCUCCUGCAGUCGAGAAGACAGAGUCAAAAGAUGCUGAGAAGAGCAAAUGUGAGGUAAAAGAUCUGUCUCCACAGGACUUGAGCUGGAGCCCCUCUCCAGGGAGUGACACAGUAUGCUCCCCUUGGAAUCACAGAUUGUCUAGAAAGAGAAAGUCCAGGAGCCCACAGUCCUGUUCACGGAACAGUCGAGGCAGUCACGGCCAUCGGUCUAGGCGGGAGCAUUGUAGAAAAAGCCAACGAUCGAGACGAUCGAAAAGCAGAGAUAGUAGCAAACAUAGGAUCAAAAGAAGCAGCAGGAGGUCGAGGGUUCAUGACACCAGAGUCUCUCUAAAAAGCCAGAGGGGCUGUCUAAGUCAUGACAGCACUCCAUCCAGAGAAGUCAGCAGAUCACGAUCACGUAGCAAAGGCCGCAGCAAAAGGAGAUCAAGAAGCAGAGACAGUGACCGUUAUUAUGUAAGAGACAGUUAUCAAAGUAGAUACCAGUGGAGCUACUCUUUUGGUAGUCGAAAGGCAUUUGGAGAAAGCUAUGAAUCCUCUAGCAGGAGGAGGACUCAGUCUAAUGCUCUCUAUUCAAGGCAAUCUGCUAGUCCAGAAUACAGGAUACGAUCAUUUAUUGAAAGGACAGAUCCUCAUAGCCAGAGGGGACUCAAUGAGAGACACUAUUACUAUUAUGAAAGAUGCAGGUCAAGGAGUCGAUCAAGCAACAGAUCAAGGACCCCUUAUGGAGGAACUGACAGAAUGAAAAAUGAAAAGCCUGGUGGAAAAAGGAAGUACAAAACUCGCCACUUGGAGAAUGCAUUAAUGGAGAACACAAGCCUAGAAAGAGAAAACAACCCUAAGAAAACUUUCUCAAAAUUCAGUGCCUGCUACAGAAAUGAAGAGAGCCCUUCCAACAAUCGAGCAAGCAGCGAGACAAAGCGUAAGAAAAAGAAAAAAAAGAUGAGGAGUCCAAGUGUGGAGAUAGUCUAUGAAGGAAAAGCAACAGACACAACAAGGCAUCUUAAAAAGAAAAAGAAAAAGCAUAAGAAGAAACAUCGGAAACAUCACAUAAGUAACUCGGCACGUUCUUCUCCAGUGGUGAUUACAAUUGAUAGUGAUAGUAGCAAGGAACCAGAAAGUACUGAAUGUGACAGCAGUAUUACUUGGACAGGCACAAAUCAGGUAAAUGAGAGGGAAAAUGAGUCUCCAUCUUCUUCUCUGGGAAGGAGAGGAUGUGAAGAUGGUUACAGAGUUGGUGAGGAAACUGGAGGAGCAGCCAAAAAGUACAGUAUUCCUACUAGAAGGGGAAAUUUAGAUGGUGACAUUAGAAAUGUUGAUGUUGAACUUCAACAAACAGCAGCUAAUCAGAGUCUUAUCAUAGCGGAUACCAGCACUAACACCCCUCACACAGAAACUAUAACCAACCGCGUUCAAGAAGCACCAGCAGCGCCUUCCAGUCAACUGCCUUCCCCCAGGAUUUCCUUCCUAGAGUGUCCAGAGAGACAACCAUUGAUGCCAAGACUGCCAAAGAGUCUUGUCAACAGAGCGUCUUGGUUUGAUUUCUCAGAAGAAAAAAUGUAG